UAAAUUAUAACCAAAAAAAAAGAAUGAAUUUCGAAUUUUUUUUUUUCGUUGAUUUUUGAACGUUUUCCAGUGUGGCAAUCAGAUCUGUCGAUUGGAUAUGAGAAUCAUUCAUGAAUUUUUCACCACCACACAUUGCUUCUGUUGUUGUUGUUGUUGAUGAUUGCAACGUUGGCUGUACAUUGUAAUGAAUUUCCAUUCAUAGUAUCAUUACAAUAUAGACAUAAUGAUGGAUGGCAACAUUUUUGUGCUGGAUCUGUAAUCCAUAAACAAUGGAUUCUAACCGCUGCUCAUUGUAUAAUGGAUAAAUUAUUAUUUCUUAAUCAAACAAUUGCUUUAGUGAAUCCCAAUCGUAUUGAUCGUAUUCAAGAACGACAAUCGUAUCGAUUACAUUCUGUUUUCAUUCAUCAACAAUUCGAUUUGAAUACAUUGGAUAAUGAUAUCGGUUUAUUACAAACGAUUAAAUCAAUAAGGUUGAAAAAAGAUUACAUAGUACAUUUGCCACGAUCAUUAUUACCAUCGAUACGAAUCAAUGAUAUAGCUAUUGUUGCUGGUUGGGGAUCGACUAUUUCAAAUCAUCUUACACAAAAUCAUCAUCAACAACAACAACAACAACAACAAUCUAAUCAUUUAUUAAAAGCAACAUUACGAUUAUGGCCACACGAUAAUUGUAGUGAAUUAUAUCGUACUCAAUUAUCAUUCAUUGUUCCAAAUGGAACAUUAUGCUAUUUUUCAUCAUCGUAUCAAGAUUCUUGCCAGAUAAUUAUAUCUAAUUUAUUUUUAUUUUUUUCAUAAUAUAACUGCUUAUAUACUGUCAAUUUUGCUAAUCUUUUUUCUUUUCUAUUAUUACAAGGUGAUUCUGGUGGACCAUUAUUUCGUCGAUUAAAUAAUCAUUAUUAUGAAAUCAUUGGAAUUGUUUCGUUUGGCGCAUUAUCAUGCGAUGGUUCAUUGCCCGGUGUUUAUACUAAUGUUUUUCAAUUUCGUCAUUGGAUUAUUUCGAAUAUUGAGAAAAAUAAAUUAUGAGAGAGAUUGAAAGAAUUUUUUUUAUGUACAAAAAGUUAUUAGGAAAAUAUACAGAAAUUUUUUAAAAAAAAGAAUGGUUAAAGAUGUAAGAAAUGUGAUGAAAAAAAGGUGUAAAAAAAUCCUCAGGCUACUCAUGAAUUCUUGACGAAUUUCACAAAUAUUUUUUUUCCUCAUUUAUUUGUUGUUUGAUACAAAAACAAAAACUGAAUAAAAAAACGUAUAGACACA